AUGGCUGAAAAAUUUGCUCGCGAUUCUCAACAUGACUAUUCAACUAAUGCUAAUCUUGUUUUACCAACAAAUACAUCAAUGCAUGAUCAACGUAUACGUAAGGAACCUUCUUGUGAAGUAUCGUCUCUAUUGGAACAUUUAAAAGAUGUUCGAAUGGGUGAUCGAGUACAACAUACAAGACCUCAAUCUAUUAACAAAAAACAAAAAAUAAAUGAUAAUAAUUCAUUAGGAUACGAUACAACUCGUUUCAAAAAUCUGUCAUUAUUUAAUGAUACAUCAAAUGUUUCAUAUGAACCAAAAACUGAAGAAACAAAACAAAUAUAUAAAAUUUUACUUAAUUUUAUUCAAGAAACAAUUGGUGAUCAAGUACCAAAUAUUUUAUCAGAUGCAGCUUAUGAAAUCUUAUGUAUACUUAAAAAUGAUCGAUUACGCGACAAAGAACGUCAAAAUGAAAUUGAAGCUUUGUUAAAUACUAAAUUAUCACCUGAACGCUUUGCAUUUCUUAUUAAUCUUGGCAAACAAAUUAAUGAUUGGUCAUCAAAUGACGAAAUUAUUCCAAUCGAUCAUACAGAGAAUGUCAAUGUACAAUUUGAAGGUUCAAGUGAUGAGGAGAACAAUUUUGAUGAUUUCGAUGUAUCUGAUGGUGAAGAAGCUAUAAUAGAUGAUACAAUUCAAGAAAUACGUGUCAAUAAAACUAACGAUUCAAUUCAACGAAAUCAAACUUUACAACCACGUACAAUUGAUGCAUUAUGGUUACAGAGAAAUUUAAAUAAUAUCAAUCCGAAUAUUAAAGCUCAACAAGUUCUUACCAUUCUCGAUGAAGCAUCGAAUAAUCAUGAAUUAGAAAAUAAACUUAUUCUUUUAUUUGGUUGUGAACAAGUUCAAUUUAUUAAACUUCUACGAACACAUCGACAAAUGAUUCUUUAUUGUACUGUACUUGCAUCAGCACAAAAUGAAAUGGAAAGAGCGAAAAUUGAAGAAAAAAUGCGAAAUAAUAGUGAAUUAGUUUGGAUUUUAGAAGAUUUAUCAAGAAUAGAUGUAAAUGAUGAUGAAGAAAUCAUGGAAAUAGAUAAAAAUGAAAUGAGUUUGAAUAAACAUCAAAUUGUUGAUUUAGAAGAUCUAACAUUUGAACAAGGAGGUCAUUUUAUGUCAAAUAGAACUUGUGAAUUACCAAAUGGUUCAUUUCGUGUACAAAAAAAUGGCUAUGAAGAAAUACAUAUUCCUACAAUUAAACCUUCCGAAACUAAUUCACAACACACUCUUUAUCAAAUAUCGAAUUUACCUAAAUAUGUUCAACCAGCAUUUGAUGAUUGUCAUCAAUUGAAUCGUAUUCAAUCACAAAUGGUUCAAAUUACACUCGAAACUGAUGAAAACAUUCUAUUAUGCGCACCGACUGGUUCUGGUAAAACUAAAGUUGCAUUACUUUGUAUUUUACAUGAAAUAGGAAAACAUAUUUUACCUGAUAGUUCGAUUAAUACGAAUGAAUUUAAGAUAGUUUAUAUUGCACCAAUGAAAUCACUUGUUCAAGAAAUUGUUCAAACUUUCACCAAAUGUUUAAAUCCUUAUGGAAUUAAAGUAUCAGAAUUAACUGGUGAUCAUCAAUUAACAAGCGAACAAAUCAAUCAAACGCAAAUUAUAGUUUGUACACCGGAAAAAUGGGAUAUUAUUACACGUAAAGGUGAUGAACGUACAUAUAUAAAAUUAGUACGUUUAAUAAUUAUUGAUGAAAUACAUUUAUUACAUGAUGAUCGUGGUCCUGUACUUGAAGCAAUUGUUGCUCGAACAAAACGUUGGAUUGAAAUAACACGAGAUAAUGUACGUUUAGUUGCAUUGAGUGCGACCUUACCUAAUUAUGAGGAUAUAGCUGAAUUUUUAAACGUUAGAUCUAAUGGAUUGUUUUAUUUUGAUAAUAGCUAUCGAUCUGUACCCCUUGAACAAGAAUAUAUUGGUAUAACAGAAAAGAAAUUAAUCAAACGUUUGAAAAUUAUGAAUAAUCUUCUUUAUGAAAAAGUUAUUGAACGGGCUGGAAAACAUCAAGUACUUAUUUUUGUACAUUCAAGAAAAGAUACAGUAAGAACAGCAAGAGCUAUUCGUGAUGAAUGUAUUGAAAAAGGUACUAUUGGAUGUUUUCUUCAAAAAGAUUCAAGUUCAGAUGGAUUACUUCGUGCUGAAUCAGAAGUAACAAAGAAUUUAGAAUUAAAAGAUCUUCUGCCAUAUUCAUUUGCUAUUCAUCAUGCUGGUAUGAGCCGUGUUGAUCGAAUAUUAGUUGAAGAACUUUUUCGUGAUCGACAUAUACAAGUACUUGUAUCAACAGCUACACUUGCUUGGGGUGUUAAUUUACCAGCACGUACAGUUAUUAUCAAAGGUACACAAGUUUAUAAUCCUGAAAAAGGUCGAUGGACAGAAUUAAGUGCACUUGAUAUUAUGCAAAUGUUUGGUCGAGCUGGUCGUCCUCAAUAUGAUAAACUUGGUCAAGGUAUUUUAAUAACUAAUCAUAAUGAAUUACAAUAUUAUCUAUCAUUAAUGAAUCAACAGCUUGCAAUUGAAAGUCAAUUGAUAUCAAAAUUAAUUGAUAAUCUCAAUGCUGAAAUUGUUCUUGGAACUAUUCAAAAUAUUCAUGAAGCUGCUGAAUGGCUUCGUUAUACUUAUUUAUAUAUUCGUAUGAGAAAACAACCACAAUUAUAUGGUAUAUCAAAUGAAUCACUACAGAUUGAUAAUACUCUUCUUCAACGACGUCUAGAUUUAAUACAUUCUGCAGCAGUACAAUUAGAUAAAAAUCAUCUUAUUCAUUAUGAUCGUAAAACAGGCAAUUUUCAAAUGACUGAACACGGUCGUAUUGCAAGUUAUUAUUAUUGUACUCACGAAACAAUAUCAAUGUAUAAUAAAUUACUUAAACCAACAUUAAAUGAAAUUGAAUUAUUUCGCAUAUUUUCUUUAUCAUCAGAAUUUCGUCAUAUAACUGUACGUGAAGAAGAAAAACUUGAAUUAAAAAAAUUAAUUGAACGUGUACCAAUACCGAUUAAAGAAGAUAUAAGUGAAUCAAGUGCAAAAAUUAAUGUACUUUUACAAGUUUAUAUAUCGCAAUUGAAAAUUGAUGGCUUAGCAUUAAUGGCAGAUAUGAUUUAUAUAGUACAAAAUGCUGGAAGAUUAAUUCGAGCUAUAUUUGAAAUUGUUUUACAGAAAAAAUGGGCAGGAAGUGUUGAUAAAAUAUUAUGUUUAGCAAAAAUGAUUGAAAAACGAAUGUGGCAAAGUAUGUGUCCAUUAAGACAAUUUAAGAAAAUUCCACAACUAAUUAAUCAGAAAAUUGAAAAGAAAAAUAUUUCAUGGGAUAGAUAUUUUGAUUUAGAUGCAAAUGAGAUUGGUGAAUUUCUUCGUGCACCAAAAAUUGGCAAAAUGGUUUAUAAAUAUAUACAUCAUAUACCGAAAUUAGAUUUAAAUGCAUCUAUUCUACCAAUAACUCGAUCAUUACUUAAAAUUGAAUUGACGAUAACACCUGAUUUUCAAUGGGAUGAAACAAUUCAUGGAAUGGCAGAGCCAUUUUGGAUCUUUGUCGAAGAUACGGAUUCAGAUAUUUUACUUCAUCAUGAAUAUUUUCUUCUAAAAAAAAAAUAUUGUGAAGAUAAACAUUAUGUAAAAUUAUUUAUCCCAAUUUAUGAAACAUUACCACCACAAUAUUUUAUUCGAGUUGUAUCUGAUAAAUGGUUAUCAUCAGAAAGUCAAAUAGCUAUUUCAUUUCGUCAUUUAAUCUUACCUGAAAAACAAACAUUACCAACUGAAUUACGCGAUUUAGAAUUAAUACCUGUUAAAGACUUAUGUAAUUCAGAAUAUGAAAAAUUAUAUAAUUUUCAAAUGUUUAAUAAUAUUCAAACACAAGUCUUUCAUACAUUGUAUAACACAGAUGAAAAUGUUUUCUUGGGUGUAUCGAAUGGUUCUGGUAAAACUACAUGUGCUGAAUUUGCUAUAGUAAGAUUAUUUUCUAAUGAAAACCUUGAAUCGAAAUGUGUUUAUAUAACACCCAAAGAGGAACUAGCUGAAAUUAUACGAGAUGAUUGGACUAAACGUUUUGGAAUAAUUAAUCGAAAAGUUGUCAUGCUUACUGGUGACACAACUCUUGAUCUUAAAUUAAUUGCAAACGGACAUAUUAUUGUUUCAACACCAGAACAUUGGGAUAAUUUAUCACGUCGAUGGAAACAACGUAAACAUAUUCAAAAUAUACAACUAUUUAUUGUCGAUAAUCUACACAUUAUCGGUUCAGAUGAAGGAGCUGUCCUUGAAAUAAUCUGUUCUCGUAUGCGUUAUAUAAGUUCUCAACUAGAACGAAAAAUUCGUAUAAUUGCAAUGUCAACAUCAAUACUCAAUAGUAAAGAUAUUGCACAGUGGCUUGGUUGUUCCACAAAUGCCACCUUUAAUUUUCGUGCAAAUGUUCGAUCUACUCCACUUGAUCUACAUAUUCAAACUUUCAAUAUCACACAUAAUACGUCACGAUUAAUUGCAAUGGCAAAGCCAGUUUAUCAAGCCAUUAAUCGUCAUUCAUCAAUCCAUCCAGUCAUCAUUUUCGUACCAUCAAAAGCUUUAUCACAAUCAACAGCAACCGAUAUCAUAACAUUUACUAUCGGUGAACAAAACCAAGGUCGAUUCUUACAUAUGUCAACAGUCGACAUUCAAUUAUUCAUCGAACAGAUCGACAACCAAAUCUUGAAACAAACUAUUCUACAUGGAAUUGCAUUCAUACAUGAAGGUUUAAAUAACAAAGACCGUUCUAUAAUCGAGCAAUUAUUUACAUUAAAUGCUAUACAAAUCUGUAUUGUAUCACAUAGCAUGCUUUAUACAUUGAAUAUUUAUUCUUAUUUCGUUAUUAUUAUGGAUACACAACAUUAUCAUGAAGCGAAACAUAUCUAUGAUGAUUAUUCAAUAAAUGAUAUUUUACAAAUGAUAAGUCGAACAAAUAAUUCUUCAAAAGUUUUAUUAAUGUGUUUAUUAUCGAAAAAGCAUUUUUAUAAACAAUUUCUCUAUGAAUCAAUACCAAUUGAAUCGCACCUUGAUCUUUAUCUCCAUGAUCAUUUUAAUGCUGAAAUUAUUACAAAAACGAUUGAAAAUAAACAAGAUGCUAUAGAUUAUUUAACAUGGACUUUAUUCUAUCGACGAUUAACAUUAAAUCCGAAUUAUUAUAAUUUACAAAAUAUUUCACAUCAACAUUUAUCUGAUCAUUUAUCGGAAUUAGUCGAAAAUACAUUAAAUAAUCUUGAACAAUCAAAGCCUAUGGGACGUUAUUAUCAAUUAGAGUAA